AUAUGAGAAUGACGGAAUUUGAAAAUUAAGAAGCGCAGUCGCCCUCGCCUUGACAUUGACUUAUAGCCUCCAAGGAGCAAGCUGGACUCGAGCCUCUACUGCUUGAAACGACGUCGUUUGGACCAUGGUCACCGUUUCAUCUCCUACCGGGCUGUUUCUGCUUCAAUCCCUUUCGCCUUUCUACUUCAGGCCCUCAGAAGUUGUAGGGUGUAUGGCAUUCAAUUUGGACAAAGUGUCAUGCCUAUUAGGGGAUUUUGCUGCUGUGUUAUAUCAUACUGAUAGCCAUGGAAACUUCCCAGCCUCUGUCUAUUGAAAGUUUUUCAUAUAGUUGGUUAGUGAAUCUGAAACCAUCUUUGGAAAGCCUGGAUAGCUCCCUUAGGGCAUCAAUUGAUGCAUGCGAUGAGGCUUCCUUCAUUGAGAUGGACCCGAGAAUGCCACCCUCCAGGAGAUUCUUUAGGACCUCUGAAGAUAUCAAGUUUGAUUUUCCAAUCUCACCAUCUCCUCUUACCCUUGUUCAUGCUGACCAACUCUUUUCCAAUGGUUACUUGAUGCCUCUCUUUGUUGAUCCCUCGAAGAUUGAGGCAUGUGAGGAUUCUGAUUCAAAUUCAGCCCUUCCUACCUCCUCACAUCCACCAAAAUUUUUUCUUUCAGCUACCAAACUGAAAUGUUCUUCUUGGAGAAAGUACCGAAAAAUGUCUAAGCAAUUGUUUUUGAAGUACUUGGAUUUUCUCAGGCCAUUAUAUCAAAGGAUACGAGGAUGCAACUCAAGUGACAAAGCCAAAGGUGUUGAUGCAAGAGUAAAGGUAAUGAAGAACUGGGUGUAUUCAGCAGAAACAUCUCCGCAGAUAAGCCUAGCAUACUCAGCUGAUAAUAGGCGCCAGUCUUGUGAUUCAGAAAGCUCCAUUUAUGAAGCAGUUCUGCAUUGCAAGAGAUCCAUUGGAAAAUGAAUGGAUGAAGAUCACUCUCAAAUCCACAUGGGAGAGAGGAAAUAAGAAGCGUUGAGAUGAUGAUCAUUAGAAGUCACUUGUUCUUUGUCCUGUUCUUCUCCUCUUCCUUUUGGAUGAUAAUGUAAAUUUGGCAUGUAAGAAAGCUAAAAUAUGCAGAUAAAUUCUCCAUUUAAUUCGGGCCUAAAGGGGAAAAGGAACCAUGGAAGGCCACCCCCCACCCCCCCUUUUUUUUUCCUAUAUAUCAAUUUGUGUAGAAGACGAGGAUCAAACAAAUAAAAUUUCUCAAAUUUC